UACAUAGGUGCACAGUUUGUGUCUGUAUGUGUGUGUGUGUGUGUGCGACUGAGCGAGAGAGAGACGGAGAGAGCUGUAUUCAACGGAGAGGCGGUCACUCUGGUUCUUUAUCCCCCCCAAGUAAUGUUGCUGUCUUUUGCCUGUGCAGUCUCCGGGAUUUCAGUGCAGCCUUCAAAGCUUGGUGUUUCUCAGGAUCAUUGAGGAGACAACGUGGGACGUUGGAGUGAUCCCGUGUGCGUGUGUGAGCUACCUAGCCAGUUUCGCGGAGUGCGAAAAGAAGGAAGGAAGAAGGAACUGACACUUGGAGUCAUCGUCCCCACUGUUUUCAGCGCUCCUUGUUUCCAUUUAUUUGUCCCCACCCACUCCUCCCUCCCUCACCUGCACCUUGAGGAACUUUCAAUGUAUCUCAAUGGCAGGAGCACAGCCUGGGGUCCAUGCUCUACAGCUCAAACCCAUCUGCGUGCCUGAGAACUUAAAGAAAGGGAACAAAUUUAUGAAAUGGGAUGAUGACUCCACAACUGUAACUCCCAUUACCUUGAAAGUGGAUCCACUGGGAUUGUUCCUGUACUGGACAGAUCAAAAUAAGGAGACAGACCUGCUGGAAAUCAGUCUUGUCAAGGAUGCCAGGACUGGGAAAUAUGCAAAAAAUCCCAAGGACACCAAGCUCCGCGAGCUGUUGGAUGUUGGAAAUCAGGGCAGUCGUCUGGAGAGCAGGAUGAUGACGGUGGUUUAUGGUCCUGACUUGGUCAACAUUUCAUAUCUCAAUUUCAUGGCCUUCCAGGAAGAUGUAGCAAAGGAAUGGACUGAUGCACUUUUCAACUUGGCAACCAACCUGCUGGCACAGAACAGGUCAAGGGACACCUUAUUACACAAAGCGUACACCAAGCUGAAGCUUCAAACAAACCAGGAUGCCCGGAUUCCUAUCAAAAACAUUUUUCGCUUGUUUUCUGCCGACCGAAAGAGAGUAGAAACUGCAUUGGAUGCUUGUGGACUUCCUUCAGGCAGGAAUGACUCCAUUCCUCAAGAAAAUUUCACAACCGACGUAUUCCAAGCAUUCUUGAAUAACAUUUGUCCUCGACCUGAAAUUGACAGCGUCUUUUCAGAAUUUGGUGCAAAGAGCAAGCCAUACCUAACAGUGGACCAGAUGACAGAUUUCAUCAAUUCUAAGCAGAGAGAUCCGCGUUUGAACGAGAUACUCUAUCCUCCGAUGAAACAAGAACAAGUGCAACAGCUCAUUGAGAAGUAUGAGCCCAAUGAAAGUCUCGCAAAGAGAGGUCAGAUUUCAAUUGAUGGCUUCAAGAAGUAUUUGAGUGGUGAUGAGAAUGGAGUGAUUCCACUUGAGAAAUUAGAUCUGAGUGAAGAUAUGACUCAACCUUUGUCCCACUAUUUCAUCAACUCCUCACACAAUACCUACCUCACAGCUGGACAGCUGGCUGGGAACUCUUCCGUUGAAAUGUACCGCCAGGUCCUCUUGGCAGGAUGCCGGUGCGUCGAGCUGGACUGCUGGAAGGGGCGUUCAGCUGAAGAAGAGCCAGUCAUCACUCACGGAUUUACAAUGACAACUGAAAUAUUAUUCAGGGAAGUAAUUGAAGCUAUCGCUGAGUGUGCUUUCAAGACAUCCCCGUAUCCAGUGAUUCUUUCUUUUGAGAACCAUGUUGACUCUCCCAAACAACAGGGAAAAAUGGCAGAGCACUGCAGGUCAAUAUUUGGAGAUGCGUUGCUAAUAGAAGACCUGGAAAAAUAUCCGCUUGAGUCAGGCAUUCCUCUUCCAAGCCCACACGAGAUGAUGGGCAAGAUUCUUAUCAAAAACAAGAAGAAAGCACACAAAUCUUCCGAUGGUAGUGCCAAAAAGAAGCUGUCAGAGCAAGCAUCAAAUACAUACAGUGACUCAUCCAGUGUUUUUGAGCCCUCUUCUCCAGGAGCAGCCUCAUCCAACCACGAGGAACCAGACGUAACCCAACAGUCCAGUGCAGAUGGAGCAGAAAAACCUGUGGAAAAGUUAGGGAAAGAGGUGACGGAGCAGAAGGCAGUUGGCAGAAAAUCAAUAGGAGAAGGAGAUGCAGAGAGUGAAGAUGAAGAUGAUGAUGAUGAAGAUUCCAAAAAAUCUUCAAUGGAUGAGGGAACUGCUGGCUGUGAAGCAAACGCCACAGAGGAAAUGUCCAAUCUGGUUACCUACAUUCAACCUGUAAAGUUUGAAUCCUUUGAAGUGGCUAAGAAGAAUAAUAAGAGUUUUGAAAUGUCAUCUUUUGUGGAGACAAAGGCCCUGGAACAGUUGACAAAAUCUCCAGUGGAAUUUGUGGAAUACAACAAGCGGCAGCUUAGUCGCAUUUAUCCCAAGGGAACCCGGGUGGAUUCCUCCAACUACAUGCCUCAGGUGUUCUGGAAUGCCGGCUGUCACUUGGUGGCUCUGAACUUCCAGACUGUCGACCUGCCUAUGCAACUGAACAUGGGGAUGUUUGAACACAAUGGGAAGAGUGGCUUCCGCCUAAAGCCGGAAUUCAUGAGACGAACAGACAAGCACUUCGAUCCUUUUACUGAGACAACAGUUGACGGGAUCGUGGCCAACACCCUGUCGGUGAAGGUUAUCUCUGGUCAGUUUCUUUCUGAUAAGAAAGUUGGGACUUAUGUGGAGAUUGAUAUGUUUGGUUUACCUGUGGACACAAGACGAAAAGCUUUCAAAACAAAAACUUCACAAAAUGCAGUGAAUCCAGUCUGGGAAGAUGACCCUAUUGUGUUUAAAAAGGUUGUGCUGCCAUCAUUAUCUUCCUUGAGAAUUGCUGUCUAUGAAGAAGGAGGUAAAUUUAUAGGGCACAGAAUACUGCCCGUACAAGCUAUUCGUCCAGGUUACCGCUAUAUCUGCCUGAGGAAUGAACGGAAUGUGCCACUGAUGCUCCCUGCAAUCUUUGUCUAUAUUGAGGUUAAAGAUUAUGUCCCUGAUACCUUUGCAGAUGUGAUUGAAGCCCUGUCUAAUCCAAUUCGGUAUGUGAAUCUGAUGGAACAGAGAGCUCAGCAGCUUGUGGCUCUAACUUUAGAGGAUGAGGAAGAAGAAAAGAAAGAUGCUGAACCUGGUGACGUUCCUACAGAACCUAAUGCUGACCCGAAGCCUGCUCCAGCAGAGAACGGUGUGAGUCCCACGCCUGGUCUGACAUCCAAACCCCCCCCACAAGCCACCCAGAUUCAGCCAGCCCCGGCCGCAGUCAAAGCAACUGGCAAAGCAGAAGAUCUUGUUCAAAGUGUCUUGUCAGAAGUGGAAGCCCAGACCGUGGAAGAGUUGAGACAACAGAAGGCAUUUGUGAAACUUCAAAAGAAACAUUACAAAGAAAUGAAGGAGUUGGUGAAGAAACACCACAAGAAAACCACUGACUUAAUUAAAGAACACACUGCAAGAUCCAGUGAAUUUCAGAAUGACUAUUUAAGGCGCAGGGUAGUUCUGGAAAAAUCUGCAAAGAGAGAUAACAAGAAAAGGCCUGAAUCAGCAAGUCCAGAUCAUGCAAGUUCAACAAUUGAGAAGGAACUUUCUGCCCUUGAUGCAGAAAUGACACAGAAGUUAGCCGAGCUCAAGGAACAACAACAGCAGCAGUUGCUGAACCUACGACAGGAGCAGUAUUACAGUGAAAAAUAUCAGAAGCGUGAACACGUUAAGCAGCUGGUACAGAAGCUCACAGAGGUCGCUGAGGAAUGCCAAACCAACCAGUUAAAGAAGUUAAAAGAACUCUGUGAAAAGGAAAAGAAAGAAUUGAAGAAGAAAAUGGACAAAAAGCGUCAGGAGAAGAUCAGCGAGGUGAAAUCAAAAGACAAAAACCAAAUGGAGGAGGAAAAGACCGAAAUUAUUAGAGCCUACAUUCAUGAAGUAGUGCAGUCUAUCAAAAGGUUGGAAGAUGGUCAAUCCAAGAGGCAAGAGAAGCUGGUCGAUAAGCACAAGGAAGUACGUCUGCAAAUCCUGGAUGAGAAACCAAAGCUACAAAGUGACCUUGACCAAGAAUACCAAGAUAAAUUUAAGAGGCUGCCUCUGGAAAUACAGGAAUUUGUACAGGAUACAUUAAAAGGAAAAUUCAGCGAAGAUGGAGACCACAGUGCUCCAGCUUCCUCCCAACCUCCAGAUAAUGGUAAACUUAACCACAAAUCUCCAAAUGAAGAUGAUGUGGAAGACAGUAAGUCAGAUAAAGUGUUCGAUACUUCACUUUAAUAAGCAGAUCCCAUCUUUAAGUUGCAUUAAUCUAUUACAUUUUUUUUAAGAAUUGCUACACACAGGAUGUAGACGGGAGAAUAACCACUUGGUCACAUGUUUGUGCCGUGGACAAUCUUCAAAGUAGAGUCAGAAUCAUGUGUAUGUGUGUGUGUGCGUGCGUGCGCGCGUGUGUAUUCUGUUCAAGUGCCAGUGCAAAACUAAUUGUACAGUGCUACACACUUCAUUUGGAAACAAAAAUACUUUUGAGGUUUAUAGUAUUUAAUUGGCAAAAUUCAACAGCCACAUAUUCCUAACAUUGCAUGUUUGCACUGUGUUGCAAGAACCUUUGCAUUAAGCUGCAAGCACAGGUUUGCCAUUGUCUGUGCUGUACACACUAGUACAUUUACACAAGUAAUUGUACAUUGCUGCAUACUUUAACUUCAGCAUUGCUGAAUUAAGAAUGCUGCUUAAUAUAAUGGAAGUUUUGGUUGUGCGAUUCUAAAACUUUCUGUAUAGCUUUGCAAAGUAUAUUAAAGGGAAACAAGUUUCAGGGAUGCAUGCUUGAUGGAAAUAAUGUGGUUAUCACUGUGGAUACUUUAAAAAUAUAGCUGUAAGGAGCAGUAUUGUUGUGCAGUUUGUGCUGUAAUGUACUGUAUUUUGAGGUAGCUUUGCAGGAUUAAAAAUAUGUAAUUGCCUUCUGUGUAUGAAGUACAGUUACAUUGAUACAGUUUUCUAAUGUUACUAUUACAUGUUAAUGUAAGUGAUGUAACUGAAAGUCCUGAUAUCUAACUGCACAAUCAAAAUAUUGUAACUUGUUACACAUCUAAGUUUUUUUUUGUACAAGUGGUUGUAAAUAACUUGAAGGGAUAACAGGCAAGUCAUUGUUCUGUAUGUAUGCACUUUGUGAAUGAAAUUUUAAUUUCAAAAUUAAACACUGAAAAUGCGGUAUUACUGAUGAUUAAUUAACACUGGUAACUAUACAAACAUCUUUAUGAUGAUAAGUCAGCUAAGCAGAUUGUGAAACCUGAGCUCUUUGGCAUUAUUCACUCUGUGGCCAUGUAACCAAUACAAGAUGGACGGAUGUACUACAACAGUUGAUGUAGCUAGAAACAUAAACCAAGAUUUCAGAAAGUAUUUUACUGCAAAACCAUUUUAAUUCAUUGUAGUUGUUUUAACAAUAUAUUGAAUAAAUCUAAAGGCUCUGGAUUUCCACUGCAUUCAGUGCAUACAAUUACUAACUGAAAACAUUUCUUUGCCGUUAUUUGCAGUAUUAGUCUAAUAUGAUGUUUUAGUAAAACAUUUUAAACAUCUCUUUAUUUUUAUACGAUUUAACUUACUAUUUUAAUGAAAACCCAUCAAUGCUGGGUCCAGCCAUUAAAUGCCCAAUGGGGCAUUUCUCAUCUUAUUUUAACUUUUUGUUGAUUUUAACAGUGUGACAGAUUAUUGCAAAAAUAGAAAUUCAUGGUUUAGUUUAUUCAAUAUUACCCUAUUGUUUCAACUUUAACAGAAGAUUGUCUGUGUGAAUGUGUGUACUCACAUGUAUAUGUAUACAUAUAAUGUAUAUAAUACAAAAUACAUAACCACAGGCUUUAUUUGUUGUUUAACGUUACUUGAAUUAGUUUGUUGAAGUUAACAAAUCUAAGAAGGGGUCUUCUGUAUAUGAUGUGAAAGUCUUGUGCCUUUCAAGUGUUUGCCUUGUUCUGUAUCUGUCUAAAUAGAAUAUUGUGGAACUCUAUUAUUGACUGUUCUGUCCUGAACUAGAUUGUACAUGUAUUUCAUGUGGCAACUCCAAACAUGAUAGCUUGUGUUCAGCAUUAAAUGCCAGUCAUUUUUGGAUUAAACAUUCUAAUGUUUCACAAACUUUAGCUGGUAUGUCAAAUCUGGACAGAUUACAAAAUGGUUCCUAGUAGUGAGUGAACCAGAAUCCUCUUUAUCUCAUUAAUCAUACUAGGUAGAUUGUUUGUGUUUUGUAGGUAGAUUGUUUUGAUUUAAGGUUGACUGUAAAAUAACUAAUGGAUUAAAGGGAAUACUUCACAUUAAAAGGAUGUAAAUAAUAUUUGUCUUUAACAAUAAUAAUUUGUUUUGAAAUGCAUAUUCAAAUUUUGUAUGAAUUCUAUGCAAUUUUCUGGCAUGAUGUUUCUUCCACUUGUAAUUUUAUGUGCAUUCAUCAGUUCUAAUAGAGAAAUAAAAAUUCUUUAAUCAUGA